AUGGUUUCAUCUAUAUUAAACAUAACAGGGAAAAGAUCAAUUGAUAUCAUGAUUCAAUUAAGUCCAUUGAUUUUAUUACCAAUUAUUACAUACCUUUUCCAAUCAGUCAUGACUUUAAAGGUCGAUGAAGAAUAUAAUAGACCACAAUUCCAUUUAACACCUGAAAAAGGUUGGAUGAAUGAUCCAAAUGGUCUUUGGUAUGAUAGAAAGGAUAAAAUUUGGCACGCAUAUUAUCAACAUCUUCCAAACCAAACAACCCAUGGUCCUGUUAUCAAUUGGGGUCAUUCUACUUCAAAAGAUUUAAUGAAAUGGGAUGUACAUGAUGAUGCUUUAUUUCCAGACAAUAAAACAGGUCAUGGAAUUUUUUCAGGUGCAGUUGUUAUUGAUAGAAAUAAUACUUCAGGUUUUUUCAAUGAUUCAUUAGAUCCAGAACAUAGAAUUGUUGCUUUAUACACUUUAAAUACCCCAACUUCAGAAACUCAAGAACUUGCUUAUUCAUUAGAUGGUGGAUAUUCAUUCAUUAAAUAUGAUAAAAAUCCAGUUAUUGAUGUUGAUACACCUCAACAACGUGAUCCAAAAGUUUUAUGGCAUGAAGAAACUCAAAAAUGGGUUAUGCUUGUUGCUAAAACUCAAGAAUAUAAAGUUGAAUUUUGGUCUUCUUCAAAUCUAAAGGAAUGGGAAUUAAUCUCAAAUUUCACUGGUGGUGUUUUGGGUUUCCAAUAUGAAUGUCCAGGUUUAUUUAAAUUACCAAUUGAAAAUGCAAAAGAAGAUGGUCCAGACUCUAAAUGGGUAUUAAUUUUAGCAAUCAACCCAGGUUCUCCAAUUGGUGGUUCUUUUAAUCAAUAUUUUAUUGGUGAUUUUGAUGGUAAAACUUUCACUCCAGAUGAUCAUGCUACAAGAAUUCAAGAUUUUGGUAAAGAUUAUUAUGCAUUCCAAGCAUUUGAUAAUACUGAACCAGAAGAUGGUGCUAUUGGUAUUGCAUGGGCUUCAAACUGGCAAUAUGCAAAUUUGGUUCCAACAAAAAAAUGGAGACAUUCACAAUCAUUAGCUAGAAAACAUACUUUAAGAUAUGUUGAUGUUAAUCCAGAAACUAAUCAAUUAGCUCUUGUUCAAACUCCAGUUUUCGAAACCAAAGAAACUAAAGCUGAUCCAAGUUUGAAAAGUUGGGAUGUUAUCAAUGAAUAUGAUUUAGAAGACACAGUUUUAACAUCUGAAACUCUUGUUGGUUCAGAUUUCAAUAGUGAAAGAAAUUCAUCAGGUGUCUUAGAUUUCAAUUUAACAUUCACAGUUGCUCCAAAUGCAACAUAUGGUUUAAAUUUUGGUAUUAAUAUCGAUUCCCAAAUUGUUGAAGGUACUAAAGAAACUAUUCAAGUUGUAUUUGAUGCACAACAAACAACUUGGUUCAUUGAUCGUACAACUCAACAUAAUUUCCAAAGAAAAAUUCCAUAUUUCCAAGAGCGUCUUUCAUUAUACCAUCAAUUUGCAAGUUCAGAUGCUGAAAAGGGUAAUACAUAUCAUGUUUAUGGUAUUGUUGAUAGAAAUAUUUUGGAAUUAUAUUUCAAUAAUGGUGAAAUUACAUCAACAAAUACCUUCUUCUUUAGUCAAAAUAAAAUCCCAAGUAGUAUUUCCAUUGCUACUGAUACAGACGAGGAAAUUUUCACUUUAGAUUCAUUAGUUAUUAGAGAAUUGGGAUUAAAAUAA